GCGGCCCUGAGGGACAGCCCGCCAUGUUGUUUGCCGUCUCCAUAGUAACCGCCGCGCCGCCGCCAUCUUGUUUACCGUCACCACAGCAACGCCCGCCAUCUUGUUCGGCGACCCCAGCAGCGCUCCCGGCCGGGCCGGGGCCAUGGCGGGCGCGGGGCGGCUGCACGACCUGGACCUCAGCGCCGAGGAGGUCGAGCGGCUCGGGCGCGCCUUCCGCGACGAGCACUUCCGCGCGCUGUUCGCAGAGUUCGCGGCCGAGCUGACCGACCCCGAGCAGCGCCGGCUGUACGAGGAGGAGGUGACGGCGCUGGAGCGGGAGCGCGGCGUGGAAGUGCGCUUCGUGCACCCGACACCGGGCUUCGUGCUGCGGACGAGCCAGGAGGGCUCCCGCCGCUGCUACAUCAAUGUUUGCAGCAACGCGCUGAUGGGGGAGCCGCGGGCCCGCGCCGAGCGCGACGGGCAGCGCUGGGAGCUGCCCUUCAGCCUGGCCCCGGGCCGCGAGGAGCUGCGCCCCGGCGGCCGCCGCCGCCUCCUGUACGACGUGGUGUUCCACCCCGCCGCGCUGCGCCUGGCCGCCCGCAGCGCCCGCUUCCACCGCCUGCUCUGCGACACGGCGCUGGAGGCCGUGGAGAGCCGCUGCGGGGUGCGGCUGGACCGCAACAACGCCACCGUCCUGCGGGGAGUCUCCUACAAGGGCGUCCCACAGGCGCCCGUCAUCCGCUCCCCGCUGCCCGGCGGCGCCCCGAAGCCGCCCGACGAAGGGGAGUCCCCGCUGCCGCCCUUCCCCUUCCCCUUCCCGCCCGCCGCCGCCCCGCCGCCCGCCGCCGGAGACUCCUCGCCCGCCGCGGCCCCGCCGCCCUCCGGCCCCACCACGCCGCGCUGGAGCAUCCGCCACCGCUCCUACGUGGACCUGCAGGACUACCGGCACUGCCGCGACUCGGCGCCCAGCCCGGUGCCGCGGGAGCUGGUGGUGACGGUGGAGCUGCCGCUGCUGCGCUCUGCCGAGCAGGCGGAGCUGAAGAUCCGCGGGCGGGAGCUGCGGCUGGACUCGCAGCGUCCCGCCUACCGCCUGCGGCUGCUCCUCCCCUACGACGUGGACGAGAGCGGCGGGCGGGCCGCCUUCAACCGGGCCCAGCGGCAGCUGCAGGUCACGCUGCCCGUGGUGCGGCCGGCCGGCCCGCGGGACCCGUCGGCCCCGGGCGGGGAGCGGCGGGAGGGGGCCGAGCCCGCCGUCGAGGGGCCGGCGGAGGCAGGGCCGGCAGAGGAGGGCGGCGGAGCGGCUCCUCCCCCGGAACUGGGCCCUGGCGGCGCGGCCCGCGGCACGUGUGGCGCUGGUGAUCCUCUCGCCGAACCCCUCCUCGCUGAGGCCCUUAGUGAUGCUCCCGCUGCUCCGUCUGCCGAGCCCCUCGCUGAAGCACCCGCUGAACUGCCCGUAGAACCACUCUGUGAUCCACCCGCUGAGCCCCUCACUGGACCCGCGGGUGAACCCCCCGGUGAUCCAACGUCUGAACCUGCCACUGAUCCAACCUCUGGUCUAGCCACUAACCCCCCCUCUGAACCCUUCUCCGAACCCGCCGCCGAUCCACCCGCUGAAGCACCCACCGAGCCCCCGGUGCCCUGCUCCGGUGCCGCUUCCCCCGUUGCCAGCCCCGAGCCGGCCAUGCCCACCGGGGACACCCCUCCGCAGGCCUCCGAGGGCCGCCCCGGCGAGACGGCCGCGUGUCCUCCCUUCCGCGCCCGGCAGGACGAGGCGUCCGUCACCCUGCUCCUGCCGGUGCCCGGCAUCCAGCCCCAGAGCCUCCACGGGGAUGUGGGCACCCGCCACUACAGCCUCCGCUUCCGCACCGCCACCGCCGCCUUCGCGCUGUUCCUGCGCUUCCCUCCCGCAGCCGCGCUGGUGUCCCCCGAGAGCAGCGUCAGCGUCUCUGCCCACAACGCCGUGGUGGGGCUGGCCAAGGCCCCCGGCAGCACCGGGCUCUGGGACAGGUUCAGCUUCGGCCUGGAGCCCUCCGCUCUGCAGGAAAGAUUGUUUGUCAGUGAGGAGAACGUUGAUGGAUUUCUAGGCACUGCUUUGUGCCCUUCCCCUUGCUCCCAAUCAGCACUGGAAAGGCAGCCAUUAAUUGAAGUGCUGGAUGUUUCUGAGGACAGAAUUCAAAUCAGGCUGGAGCCACAGGAACGUGAUGGGGAAGGAACACUUGGCAGCUCAGGGAGAGCCCUUGCUGGAAAGCCGGACAGCAACUACCCCGAAACAAAGGCAGAAACAAAGUGUCCCGCAGCCGGGACAAUGGGAAAGGCAGGCGCUGGUUCCCACCAUUGUUUGCAGCGUGAACCUCCUGCCACCAGUUCAGCGAUUCCUGGCGGAUCUGCGAGAGAGGAGCCCGAUUUAGAAAGUGCUGCUGCAGCAGGAGCCGCAGCCCCGGGGCCGGGCAGCGGGAAAGGGGAUGGGGAUGGAGAUGGAGAUGGGGAUGGGGAGGCAGCCCCAGGGCCGGGCAGCGGGAAAGGCUCCCCGGUGCUGCGGGAGCUGAACCCCGCGGACGGGAGCGAGCGGAUCCUCCGCGAUCACCGAACGCGCUGCCCCGUGGCCUUCCAGAACCCUCUGCUCUACGAGCUGGAUUAGGGACAUUGUUUUAGGGUUUCCUUCUGUUGUUUGAUGCUUGCUCUGACUUCGUGUGCUGGUGGAUCACUUCAGGGCUCCGAGGAGGCCAUGGGUUCCCACUGAAACCGGUGCAACAUUGAAGCCUUCCAUUGGUAACAGUUUAACAAUUGUCUAAUCACAUCUGUGGCAAUAAUUUUACUUACAAGAAAAGUUGCGGUUGGAGGUGACUCUGAGCUCCUGGAAAAAAUGUAUCUUCAUUGUUUACAUAAAUUUUUUAUUCUUUUC